AUGGACGGCCAGGCCUUUGCCAUGGACUACCAGCCCGUUGCGGACAUCUACUCCACCGGCGUGCACGAGAUUGCCUCUGCACGCUCGACCAGGGAUCCUAGCUCGAACAUCGCUCUCUUCACCUGCUCCUAUGGCGGGUUUGACGAGUCGGACCGAGCUACCCUCAGGAGGCGCACGGGCGAGUACUGCGAGUUCAACAACUCGUCGACCGCUGUCCAGCCGGAUCUUCUUAGCCCUUAUCUGGCGCGUCUGUCCCACUACUUCAACGACGAUGCGUCUGCCCUCCUGACCAUGGGUCUUCCUUACGGAGUUAACACCCUCUACGACGUGAUGAUGGCGAAGGCUCAGUCAUACAGCAACUUCACCGAGGAGGAGGUCUGGCGCGUGGUUGCGGCCCUCUGUGAUGCCGCGCGCUUCAUGCACAGCGAGGAGAAACCCGACACAGAACUGGAGGAGUUUGCGCACCUUGGCAUCCACCCUGCCAACAUCUUCCUGUACGCUGACGGCGCCCGUAUCAGGCUUGGGUACCCGUACAUCUGCCCCACAAUGAGUUUCAAGAACCCAGGCAAUUACAGGGCCUUCCAGCAGCUCGGCGAGGCGCACUUCAUGGCGCCGGAGUUCAUCGAGGCUGGCGCCAAGGGCUCGUGUCCUUGUGACAUAUUCUCUAUCGGUAUGGUUGGGUAUGCCAUGAUGACAAACUCGACUGCCUGGAGCGCGAGCAAUAUCAACGAUCUGCAGGGAGAGGUGUACACUCGCGGGGCCAUCAGCCUGCCAUACGACGGCCGAUACAGCCAGGACCUCGUUGAUCUCAUCAACUCUAUGCUUUCCUUCGACUCGUCUGCCCGCCCCAAGGCAGAGCAGCUCUGUGCAAGCGGAAAGAUUGCGCAGUGCAUCGCGGAGAACGGAGACGCUCCCACGAUGGCUCCUCCGAAGAUGACCCGCGAUAUCGUCCAGCCACCCAGCGGGCUCACAGACCUCAUGAUCGCUGCCAGAGACGGCGACCUCAGUGGCGUCAGGAACAACCUCCACCAGGCAGGGUCCACAGACCAGUGCGGCCGCACCGCUCUCAUGUACGCGGCAGAGCACGGGUACGCCGAUUGUGUCCGCGCGAUCGUCUCUGACGCAAUGGGCCACGGCGAGGUUCGCCUCCAGGACAAGUACAUGUGGACUGCAACCAUGUAUGCUGCCCAGAACGGACACGCCGAUUGCGUCUCGCUUCUCCACGAGGAGUUCGGGAUGCAGCGUCGCGACGGUGCCACGGCGCUCUUCACUGCCGUCUUCUGGAACCGUUGCGAGUGCGUCAAGGUGCUCGCCCCGACUGAGGCCAUCAUCUCCACCAACGACAGGUACUGGCAGGGCGAGCGCUACACGGCUGCAAUGGAGGCCGCAAGGUGGGGACGUCCCGAGUGUCUCCAGGAGCUUCUUGGGUACAUCGACAAGUACACUACCGAUAAUAAUGGGAACGAUGUGGCGUACUAUGCCAUGCACCCAUGGGAGCACGUGUCUGCAGAUAAGAGCAGCAGAGUGCGUGAGGUCCUGAACCUGUAA